GCCAGUGUCAUAAUUGGAGCUCCUAAAUAAAGGAAAACUUCGUACUUUCCCGCAAAUCAAGUGUGAAGAAAAUAAAAUCGUAUGAAAUGGACACCAAUUCAAUGACUCUGGCCCAAACCAUGACGGUGGAGGCAAUCGCGGCCAUCAAGUCCAAGCGUCUGGCGAUGAAGAGGGUACUCGACGACGUUGCCCAGCGCGAGAGGAUGAUGCAGCGGGAAAUUAAUCAGCAGAAGCACGAGGAGCAGGCGGAGAUCUGCAGACGGGCCAUGGAGCGCGAGAGGCAGCACCGCUCCCGCGAUGAGCUGAUGCUGGGCGAGAAGGAGUUGCCCGGAGUGCUGCAGACCCUGGCUCUUGUCUACGAUUCCAAGAAGCGUCGCAUGUUGUCCCGGCCGGAGGAAUCCUUCCUAGAGGAGACCAUCGCUCCUCCGGCGCCUGAAACGGUGCGGGAAGUGCCAGUGGUGCCGCCCCAGCCGGAAACUAUGGACCUGCACAUGGACAAGUACAACCGCUAUGGCCAGGAGAGAUUUCUCAAGAGCCAGCAGGAGUUCGACAUCAAUCCACAGGGUAAUUACCUUGAAAAGGUCGGGUUAGCAGGCACAAAUAUCAAUCAGCAGAGUAGCCACCUUGAGAAUGUCGGGGUAGCAGGUAUUAAUCUCAAUCCUGAGCAGACCAAUCCUCCAGCUGUCAACCAGCAAAUAGCCAAUACCGCUGACAAGGUGGAGAACCCCCAGAAGAUCGCUCGUCUCCGCUCCUGGAUGCCCAUCAUCGUGGUUCCGCAGUCAGUGACCAGUCUGAUCACUAUUCACAAUGCCAGGCAACUCCUGCAGGAGAUGCGCUACCUCUCGGUGGAGAAGGCUCGACUGUCUUACAGGCCUUACCAGUAUCCCGACGAGGUCAUCAUCGAGCGACGCUUUCAGGGUGAACUUGUGGGCUACCGGAUCAUCGACAAUGUGACCCGUCUGACCGCCGAGGAGUGGGGGGAGGUGGUGGCCGUGUUCGCCUUGGGUCCCAGUUGGCAGUUCAAGGGAUGGCCCCAGUUCCCCAACCUGGCCCUCAUCUUCCGCCAGGUGUGCGCCUUUCAUCUGCACUUUAAGGACUCGCCGCCGCUUAAGGAGCUGCUCAACUUGCCGGUGCACAUGCUCGCCCUGCCGCUGAACGAGCGGCACUCGGACUGCGGCAUCGUGGCGAAGUUCUGGAACAAGGUGGACCGGCACAUGGCCGUCCAUCACCGUCAGUUUGCGUUUAUGAGGCAGAAGUAGGGUGCUUACUUUCCCCACGGCGCACACACAGAUAGAGAUAAGCAGGGAAAUCAAUAAAUGAAAUUGAAUAACCCAGAACAAAGGACGAAGGACAAAGACCCAAACAUACACACACACACCACACACACAUGGGGCGGUGCUGCGAUAAUAAAAA